GCUACAUGACGUGGUAUAAAAAUCUCACAAGUCCUACUGAUGCAGACGCGCCGUUGUCUGCUUAUCUGUCGGAUACUGGAAACUUCAUUGUGAGUAAUUACUCUGGUGCCAUCUUGUGGGAAAGCUUUGACUACCCAAGUGAUGUCUUAAUUCCAGGAAUGGUGCUAGGGUAUUAUCCUGGAUUGGAUUACGCCCGAACCAUAACUUCUGACGACCUCUUCUUCUACGAGGCAGGGACAGAAACAGGGUAUGAACAGUAUAUAUGGGGGAGUGGUGGUACUAAAAUUUGCCGUAUCGACCCCAUAUACACUGCAAAGGCAAUGGUCCAGGCAAGAACAAACAAUAGUUACACUUAUAGUUUGCGUAGGAGCACCACAACCAGCUACCACGCAAGUUUGAAAAUGAACCAUACUGGCUUGUUGAUCUGGUCCGAGUGGACUCCGGAAGAUAGAGAGUGGAAGGAUUUGGUGAUCGCACCAUCUGAUAUUUGCGAUAAAUACACAACUUGUGGAACGAAUACGAACACGUACUGCUCUAUGAACCCCCUCAAGUCUUGUGAAUGUUUUCCAGGGUUUCGGUCGCCAACUGCUUCAGAGAGGAAUCAAAAUGGCGACGCUUCAAGUGGAAAUUGCGUGAGACCUGCUCCGAUGAUGAUGGGUUUCAGCCGCUGAAGAAUAUGAAACUAAUUCCUGAAACUGAUAAUUGGACAAUUUCUUACGAGGGAGUGGGGUUGGAGGAAUGUAAGGAGAGGUGUCUCAAAACCUGUAACUGUACAGCGUUUGCAAACACGGACAUGCCAAAUGGUGUGCGGAGUUGUGUGAUGUGGACACGAAGCUUGGAGGAUACUCGACGUUAUAGCACCAACCGGGGUCAAAAUCUUUACGUCAAACUGGCUGCUCUUGAUAUGGAGAGAAAAAGGAAAAAUCAAAACAAAAAGAAACUGACUAUUGGAUUAAUCGUUUGCGGAAGCCUUUUGCUUCUUCUAAUUGUCGGUGUCGUCACGUUCUGCUGCUGGAAGAGAUACAAGAAUGCAGUUUUGUUAGCACCUGUAGAGGUAACGAACCAGAGCCUACCUCUGGACGAGGAGGAGAUGACGAAUGGUGGUUUGACAUCUCCAUUCAUACAGUUUGACGUCAUCGCCCAAGCCACAAAUAAUUUUCAAGAUAAAAUCGGAUCGGGUGGCUUCGCCAAUGUUUACAGGGGGAGGUUAGUUGACGGGCGAGACAUAGCGGUGAAACGUCUUUAUAAACUGACAGAUGACGCAAUCCAAGGGUUCUGGAACGAAGUCAACCUCAUAGCACUUCUGCAACACACAAACCUCGUUCGAGUUAUUGGAUAUUUUCAUGACCCUGAAACCAAGAUUCUCGUCUACGAAUACCUGCCAAAUUCUAGCCUCAACACUUACAUUUACAAAACAACCCGGAGCAAUGUGCUUGAUUGGAACAAACGGAUGGACAUCGCCAAGGGAAUUGCUCGAGGGCUACUAUAUCUUCACCAAGAUUCCAGGGUUAGGGUCAUUCACCUUGACCUCAAACUCAGCAACGUCUUGCUUUGCGACCAAAUGAUACCUAAGAUCUCGGAUUUUGGAACGGCUAAGCGCCUUGAUGGGGAGGAUACUCAAGCUGUUACGAAUACCGUGACUGGAACUCGCUGCUAUAUGGCUCCAGAGUACGCAAUAGAUGGCGUGUGCUCCCUUAAAGCUGAUGUGUUCAGCUUUGGAGUGCUGCUUCUUGAAAUGGUCAGCGGAAUAAACGUAAUAGAGUUCAAUAAGCAAGAUGACGGUCAUCAACGUUUCUUACGCUUCACGUGGAACCUAUGGCUUCAAGGCAAAGUGCUAAAGAUCGUAGACCAAUAUUUCACAUCAUCAUCAUCAUCAACUUCGUAUCAACCAGAAGAAGCUCUCAGGUGCAUUCAAAUUGCCCUCUUGUGUGUUCAAGCCCACGCCGAGGACAGGCCCCUCAUGGAUUCUAUUAUUUUGAUGCUUGGGAGUCAAAACGAGGUAAUCAGGCUUCCUAAACCGCCUUUGGAGGCUGACUCGUUGCCUGAACAAGAUCCACAAGAUGAAUCUUCCACGACAAGUACUGUAGCGACGGCUUAGACUAUUGUCGCUCGGUAAUGACCAAGUUCGCUGCGUACUUGUGACGAUUUCGUAUUAUUUUCUUUGUAUGCAGUUAUAUAAAAUUAAUAGCCACGAUCAGGACUGGUAACGAUGUGGAUUUUCCAUGGAGUGGGUUUUAAUUGUUUUCUUCUAACAAUCAUUUUGGGUCCAACACAAAUUGAGUGACAACUAACGUGACACGUUCACGUUGCUCCGAUCCUCGAGAGUUUCCUAGGAGACAUACUCUUUGGACCGUUUUGGUGCACGUCCUCUAUAACCUAAGAGUCUUUUGAUUGAUUUUAAGCUAAUAACGACUAUGGUUUGCUUUCUUCUGUGAGUGUGUGCUUUUUUUCAUGAGCCUUGGUAUCAAACGCUUACUCUUCCAGCGUUCAUUUUAUUACUCGAUCUUUAUAACUCUACGCACGAUCUCUAUGGACGUCGAGAUUCCUCUUCCUCUAACGGAUUCUCCAUCCUCCUAUAUAUGCUUUUUGUAAAAUCCAGCCCACUCCUUUCCUCAAGAACGAUGAUUACAAGUAUGUUCGUGUUAUUGGUAUGUUUUAUCUACCUUGAGCCCUCUGUACAAUGACUACAGGAAAGUGAGGCAAUCUGUUGGGAGGUUUGAGAUGACACAUGUGGUGGAUGAGCUCAUUGAGGAGCUUUUAACCAAGGACUAUUCUUGUGGAUAUUUCAAUGCCACCCUUUGAAGAAAAGAAUGGUGCGUUGGAGCCGAGGAAAAGUUUUUUGGGAUGGCUGACAUAUCUGAAGAUGAGAAGGAUCAUCACCGUAGGAGUCCUGAAAUAGAAAAAGAGAGGGAUAGGAGACGUGAUAGUCAUAGCAGAGUUUUAACAGUUUGACUCCAAUGUUUUAUUCUGUUAAAAAAAAAGACUCCAAUGUUUUGUUACUUCUGUAUAAUAUAAUGGUCACAUUUGGAAUAAAAAAACAUUUAUGUUGUGCUAAGGUGGAAAGCAAAGAAUUCACACCGCUUAUUAGUGAAGAUUCAA